AUCAUGCACAGCCCUAAAUUACCUAUAAAAGGGAAGUUGGUGAUAGUUUGAUUCCCAAGUUCUUUUGCCAAAAAUCCAUAAUGUUUUUUCCCAUAGAAGCCAUUGUAGGAGCAGUAACCCUAAUUACAUUUCUCUUAUACUUCCUAUGUACAAAAGAAUCUCAAAAACAUUCAAAGCCCUUACCAACGAAAAUCCCCGGAGGAUGGCCGGUAAUCGGCCAUCUUUUCCACUUCAAUAACGACGGCGACGACCGUCCAUUUGCUCGAAAACUCGGAGACUUAGCUGAUAAAUACGGCCCCGUUUUCACUUUUCGGCUAGGUCUUCCCCUUGUGCUAGUUGUAAGCAGUUACGAAGCUAUAAAAGAUUGCUUCUCUACAAAUGACGCCAUUUUCUCCAAUCGUCCAGCUUUUCUUUACGGCGAAUACCUUGGCUACAAUAAUACAAUGCUUUUUCUAGCAAAUUACGGACCUUACUGGCGAAAAAAUCGUAAAUUAGUCAUUCAGGAAGUUCUCUCUGCUAGUCGUCUCGAAAAAUUCAAACAAGUGAGAUUCACCAGAAUUCAAACGAGCAUUAAGAAUUUAUACACUCGAAUUAAUGGAAAUUCGAGUACGAUAAAUCUAAGUGAUUGGUUAGAAGAAUUGAAUUUUGGUCUGAUCGUGAAAAUGAUCGCUGGGAAAAAUUAUGAAUCCGGUAAAGGAGAUGAACAAGUGGAAAGAUUUAAGAAUGCGUUUAAGGAUUUUAUGGUUUUAUCAAUGGAAUUUGUAUUAUGGGAUGCAUUUCCAAUUCCAUUAUUUAAAUGGGUGGAUUUUCAAGGUCAUAUUAAGGCAAUGAAAAGGACAUUUAAGGAUAUAGAUUCUGUUUUUCAGAACUGGUUAGAGGAACAUAUUAAUAAAAGAGAAAAAAUGGAGGUUGGUGCAGAAGGGAAUGAACAAGAUUUCAUUGAUGUGGUGCUUUCAAAAUUGAGUAAAGAAUAUCUUGAUGAAGGUUACUCUCGUGAUACUGUCAUUAAAGCGACAGUUUUUUAAUUAAGCCUAGCCUGGCACCUGAGCUUUAUUAAAACCUAAGAUCAUCUUGCUUGAUCAUUGUUUAAUACUCCUAGAUGGGUAUUCAUCUAUCUUUUUUUCAAUUAAUUGUCAGUACGAGUUUUCCUAAUUUGGUAAGUUUGUAAGAGUAAGUGAAGAAGGAUUGUGAUAUAAUAUAUAAAGGUUUGCAGAAAA